GGCGGACCCGGCCGCUCGUCCUGUCACGAGACCGGCUCGCGGAGGCCGGGGAGGCUUCGGGCCGUCCGCGGGAGCGCACGGCUCUCUCCCCGCUGCUCCGCCCCGUCUUGCUGGGCACAGCCGGCCUCGGUGCGGGACGCGAGGCUCCGGGAGGGGACCGCUUGUCUCCCGUCGCUGCGACCCCCUAGAGCGAAGUCGUGGCGAUCGUUUGGAGAGCUUCAGCUUCCCCAAACUGCAGCAGGCCUUUGCCCCGCAAUAGGUUGCCGACCCUGCGACCUUUCUGGACGGCGUCUGGGGACCGGACGCGUGCCUGUACUCAGAUUUUUGAAGGCGCUCCUCUGCUCUCUCAAGUUUGUAGAGGGUUCCUGUAGGUGUUUGCAGUUUGUGCUGGUGAACGUUAAAGUGGAGGCACCUCUCUGGCUGAUGGACGUGGGGGUGCGCGUUCACAGAGAUUAGUCUUCUGCAAGGGACCUUUGAAAAGGUGGCUUUAUAAGCGUUCCGAAGAUAGAUGCUUGAGUUGGUGUUGGUGUUAGGAGAUCUGCAUAUUCCACAUCGGUGCAACAGCCUGCCGGCUAAAUUCAAAAAACUCCUGGUGCCGGGAAAGAUCCAGCACAUUCUUUGCACUGGAAACCUUUGCACCAAGGAGAGCUAUGACUAUCUCAAGACUCUGGCUGGCGACGUCCACAUCGUGAGAGGAGACUUCGAUGAGAAUCUGAGUUAUCCAGAACAGAAGGUUGUUACUGUGGGACAGUUCAAGAUUGGUCUGAUCCACGGACACCAAGUUAUCCCAUGGGGAGACAUGGCUAGCUUAGCACUGCUGCAGAGGCAGUUUGAUGUGGACAUCCUUAUCUCAGGACACACUCACAAAUUUGAAGCAUUUGAGCAUGAAAAUAAAUUCUACAUUAACCCAGGUUCUGCCACUGGGGCAUAUAAUGCCUUAGAAACAAAUAUUAUUCCGUCAUUUGUGCUGAUGGAUAUCCAGGCUUCUACAGUUGUCACUUAUGUUUAUCAGCUAAUUGGAGAUGAUGUGAAAGUAGAACGAAUUGAAUACAAAAAAUCUUAAAGCCAGGCCUGUCUUGAUCAUUUUCUCUUUUGUUUUUCCUUUCCUUGUUCAAAUCAAAUAAUUAAACACAAGAGGCACACAGUUGUAUCACCUUUGUAAUAUUUUGCACUAAAAAGUCUUCUCUGUUAAUACAUAAUUGCUCUAAGCUUCUUGUAAACUAUAAAAAUAUAUUUAGUUUUCAGUAUAUGGUUUCUAUUGGAAGAGGUCCACCACACAAUACAGGACCAUGUUAGGAAGUUCACCUUUGUAAAUAUCUACCUAGUUGGAAUUUGGGCUUCAUUACAAAAUUAGUGCAUGAAGACAAAGAAUCCGGACUUUGUAUAUGUUUUCUUUUCUCUGGUAAUAAAUGUUUACCUUCCAUUUA